AUGGAGAUGAGGAAUCUAUCCGUAGUAGCUGAGUUCAUUCUUUUGGGCAUACCCCACACUGAGGGGCUGGAGGCUGAGCUCUUUAUCCUGUUUCUGACAUUCUACCUCUUCACCCUGCUGGGGAACCUACUCAUCCUCACAGCCAUCAUUUCUUCUUCCCAGUUUCACACACCCAUGUAUUUCUUCUUGGCAAAUCUAUCUGUGUUUGACAUAUUUUUUCCUUCAGUAAGUUCUCCUAACAUGUUGUUCUACCUCAUGGGAAAUAGCCAUGCCAUCUCUUUUCAGGGCUGUGCAUCCCAGAUAUUCUUCUAUCAUUGCUUGGGAGGGACUGAGUGUUUCCUCUAUACCGUGAUGGCAUAUGAUCACUUUGUAGCUAUCUGCCACCCUCUGAGGUAUAAAAUCAUUGUGAACCAUAAGGUGUGUGUUAUCCUAACCAUGGGCACCUGGAUGGGGGGCUGUCUUCAUUCAACUAUCCUUACAUUUAUCACUUUCAGAUUACCCUACUGUGGUCUCAAUGAGGUAAACUAUUUUUUCUGUGAUAUCCCUAUAGUGUUGCCCCUGGCUUGUGCAGACACCUCUCUAGCCCAUAUGGUGAGUUUUACCAACGUUGGCCUUAUGCCUCUUAUAUGUUUCUUAUUCAUUUUUAUUUCCUACAUUCGCAUAGUGCUCUCCAUAUUGAAAAUACACUCAUCAGAGAGUAGGCGGCGAGCCUUCUCAACCUGCAGUGCCCAGCUGACCUCCAUCCUCUUAUUCUAUGGGCCUGUAAUCCUUAUUUAUCUUGGACCUGCUUCUACACCCUGGCUUGGCUCUGUGAUCCAGGUACUGAAUAAUAUCAUCACCCCUUCCCUGAACUCUUUAAUAUAUAGCUUGCGGAACAAGGAUGUUAAAUCAGCCCUGAGAAAAGUUUUGCACCAAGUGGUAAACACCACAGGGGUUUAA